UAAAAAUGCUUCUUUAUUGUUAUAAAUUAACACAUUCUGGCCCUUAACCUUCAUCAGGGUUGCACUGACUCACAUAAGGGCUAAUGGAGGGAGUGUAUGUAUUUCUGUACACUGAUGGACUGAGAAUUGCUACACCAGAGGAUAUUAGGCAAUGGGAGCUGGUGACCGCCAACCAGGUGUCAAGUCAGGUGUCUCAGGAACCCCCUGUCCGGCUCUUUGUGGAUCUUUUCCCAUACAACCCUGCUGCGAUGUCGCCAAACCCUGAGACCACCGCCGAGGAGCUCCCUUUUGUGUCAGGACAGAUCCUUAAGGUGUUUGGAGAUGAAGAUGAUGAUGGUUUCUACCACGGGGAGUCUGGUGGUCUGUCUGGUGCCGUGCCUAGUAACAUGGUAUCUGUGAUCCCAGUGGAUGAUGACUACCUUAAACAUCAGCUCAUACAGCAGGGUUUCCUGCCUGUCGACCACACCUGUACAGGUAUCUCUUUCUCUCACUAUCUCUUACACUCUCUUUCGCACUCUCUGAAAUCGUUUACAUUAAAAAACAAUCUGAGAUUUCUUAAUGAUGACAAAUGA